AUGCUGGCCAAGCCGCCCUCCCCCUGCGUGGGUCACGCGACACCCAUGCAGUCCCAGAAACCCAGCACCAGGACGGUAGCCCAGCGGAAGGUGUACGGGAAACGAAGAAACAAUGCAGCCAAAGCUGUUUUCGACCAGAAGAGCCCGACGCGCGAAGCAUCCAGCUCAGUCGAUGCCGCCGUCGAGGCUAUUCAGUCCAAGUUGGCCGACGUGACUAUCAACGAGGAGCCGACUCCGACACCAGAGGCCGAGCCGGAACAAACAGAGGCCGUGGAGGAGCCAGAGUCGGAGCCAGAGGCCAGCACACCAGAGCCUGAAUCCCUCGAUGAAUCGCCAGCGCCGACCGCCGAGACCCAGCCAACAGACCUCCCAGACGAAGAGCCCUCACAAGAAGAACCCGCGAAACCGAAAUAUUAUGAGCAAAUGGUGGAAGUUAGGGUCCCGGUUAUGGCACCAAGGAAAGUACACAUGAAGAAACAGACACGAAGCGAAACCUCUUCUCGAGAAGGACGACACGCGCAAAAAAAGAUACCCACCGGACGCAGGUCAUCCGGAUUCGUCCACGACGCAAAAGCCAACAACUACGUGCGACCUAUACUGGAUGAAGCUCUAUCCCCCAUUGCGUCGCAAAGCAUUCAACGAUUCGAGACAUGGGCCUCUCGAUCAGCAAACAUGUUCCAUGUCGUAAAGCUAGCGGAGGGUUCCUACGGAGAGGUUUACAAAUUACAUCUGCACGAAGAGGGUGCCCGGCCAAUGGUCUCCAAAUCCAAACUGGCGAAGCUGAAGGCCUACGGCGAUGGCGUCUUCAAGGUCGUUCCGCUGCGCGCGCAGAGUGGACCUGGCUCGAAGAAGUUUACUUCCAUCGAGGAAAUCGUGUCCGAGGCCAAGAUGCUCAAGUACCUCGAUCCGAUUCCUGGCUUUGCUCGAUUCCGAGAAAUCCAUGUUGUGCAGGGUCGAUUCCCGGAGUCAUUUCAAAAGGCCUGGGAUUACUAUAAGAAGACGAAGGAUGAUUGCUUGAAUCCGAACCCGGCCAGUAAGAAGGCGUAUCCGGAUUCACAAUUGUGGGCGAUUGUGGAGAUGGACGAUGCGGGGCGUGAGUUGGAGAAGUUUACCUGGUCGUCGAUAUUCCAGAUUUAUGAUAUUUUCUGGGGUGUGGCUAUGGCGCUUACUCGUGCCGAGGAGUAUGCUAUGUUCGAGCAUCGCGAUCUGCAUCUGGGAAAUGUUUGCAUCCGCUCUACAAGACCGGAUGGCUCCAUGGAGCCUCCUUCUGAGCUUGUCAUUGCCCGCCAGGCCUCCGCGAGUGGAUUCGGUAUUAGCUCCAUCGAAACUACCAUUAUAGAUUACUCGUUGUCCCGCGCUGAUCUCUAUUUGCCCGGUGAUCCGGAGGGCUGGAGCGAGGUCGCCUCAUCAGAUCUGGAUAAGAAAAAGAUCUUCGAUGCGAUUGGCCAGGACGAGGAUGACGCUUUGCUUCGAGAUACCUACAGAUAUAUGCGCGCCACGCUCUACACAGGCGAACCCUCACAAACCCAGAAAACACCCGACAUCCCGGGUAUCUGGGCCGAGUACGCGCCUCGCACGAAUCUCGUCUGGCUCCUUUUCCUCCUGAAGAACCUUCUCAAGAAUCGCAAGCCAGAACCUACAAAGCAACCAGCCCAGCCUCAACGACAGGCUCUUGCGCCCUGCUCGCCUAACCGGAAGACCACCAAUCAAUUUGGCAGUGCCAAGACGAAGGCGAGCGGUGAUGCAGACGUCGUGAUGAAGGAGCGCCAGAACAAGGGAUUGUCUUCUAAGAUUGCUCAGCUUAAACAGACCCUUGAGGAUAGAUUGCUGAAUGUUCUGGAGCUUCUUGAUAUGGAACAUGGGGACGAGGACAUGUGUUGUGCUGCUGACCUGGUUGCUUAUGCGAUGCAUUUGCAGUGGUUGACUGUUGAGGACUUUGAGGUUGUUGAUGAGGAGUAG